UGCAGGGGUGGACAUAGGUGGAGUGAGAAACGCCGCCAGGCCUAUAAAAUGCUCAUCCUGUAGCGUUUACUCUAAAAGUCGCUUGGAAUGCUAUACAAAGUGUCGAAAAUGCAAACGGGAACGCGCCUCGUGCUGCUUUUCUGUCUCGCUGCGUUGGUGACAGUGUCCGCUGUUCCCAGCAGACCACAAUCGGCAAACUGCGCUGUGUACAUGCUUCCAUUUUGCACUCGAGAAUAUAUUCCUGUUUGUGGGGAUGACGGCCAGGAGUACAGCAACGAAUGCAUGCUGUGCCUUUGGAAUAUGGAAAAUGAAGGCGAUGUAGCUGUGGCCAAGAAGGGAGCGUGCUAAUUGCCUAUAUGAAGAAAAUAGCGACGUGUGUGUGUGUUUCCUUUAUUUCGGACAUUUUAAACGCAUCCGGAUAUUGAUUAAAGUAGACAAAUAUUUCAGAAUUUAAUGUUUAACUUUUAAUGUGAACAAAUUCAACACUGAUGUAAAAUCCAUGGCAUGUGCGUGUUGUCUCUUUCACACUGCGUACAUUGCAUUCUUGGGCAUUUAUGAUUUGUUUAAUUUUUUUUUAAAACAUGGUAAAGUUACAUGCAAUGGUCAAUGUUAGCAAUGUUUAGAUGUGUGUACAGUAAAUCUACCCCUGGACUGAAUAAAGGGACCUGUUCAAGCAAAUGAGUGUCUAAUUAAACCACUCAAACCAGAGCAAGUCACUGGAUGA